CGAAUGCAGCGAGAGAACGAGUGACGACGACGAACUGCUAACGUGUUAGCUCGGUUAGCUGCUGCUAGCUAAAGUGUAUGUGUGUGUGCGCGGCGGAAGAGGCGAUUAAUUUGAUACAGAAUAAUUCUCAAUAAUAUUCUGAGUUGUAUUUUAACUGAGCCGCCCAAGUUAAACAAGUAUGCCCAGCAAAAAGAAGAAAUACAACGCCAGAUUCCCUCCGGCGAGGAUUAAGAAGAUUAUGCAGACAGAUGAAGAAAUAGGCAAAGUGGCUGCAGCAGUACCUGUAAUUAUUUCGAGAGCCCUGGAGCUUUUUUUGGAAUCAUUACUUACAAAGGCUUGUCAUGUCACCCAGUCCAGGAAUGCAAAGACAAUGACGACAUCACAUCUGAAGCAGUGCAUCGAGCUGGAGCAACAGUUUGAUUUCUUGAAAGACCUGGUGGCAACGGUGCCGGACAUGCAGGGCGAGGGGGAGGAGAACCACACGGAAGGCGGAGAAAAAGUCUCGCGCAGGGGUCGGAAACCAGGGUCCGGCCGCAAGAACGGGGGAGCCGGCUCCAAAGGCAAGGACAAGAAGUUGUCUGGCACAGAGUCAGAGCAAGAGCAAUAUGACUCCUCUGAAGACAGCGAGACGGACGGAGACGAGGAGGACGGCUCUCAGUCAAGCACAAACAUGCCGGCUGCAUCCAGGUUCCAAAGCUCAAACUCCCCCCCUCAGAAUAUGGACAUGGGCAACAUGGGCAACAUGGUCUCGAUGGGCGGCAUGGCUCCAGCACAGCCCCAAGGCGGCAUGGCCUUCGCCCCCCACCCCUCCAUGAUGAGCGCCGUGCCGCCUCCCCCAGCCCCCGCGCCGCACAAAAACGACGACGACGACGAUGAAGACUAUGACUCUUAGCUCCCUUUCCCCUCCUCUUUCACACACACACACACACACAUAUUCUCUCUCAACAUUAUUUUUUGAUUUCUUAAAAUGAACUUGCGGCAGGCGACAAAAAAAAAAGAAUAAAAGACUCUUCAUCAACGCCCUCGGGAGACGGCUCAGAACGCCAACGCUGCCGCCGCAGGAUGAGGAGAUAGAAACCUGGUUGUAUAUUAUGUGUUUUAAUUUUCUUUUUUUAAAAAAAGGUUUUAUUUUAUUGUAGAGGAGGAUGUUUUUUAAACAAGUCGGUCGUUCUAUCUUGAAUAUUAAAAACAAGGCAGUCGUCAAUGUUGUCUCGCCAUGAGCCCCCCCCCGCAGACAGGAGAAGGUGUGCUUUGUGUUUCCUUGUACAUUUUUUUUUUCUUCUCUUUCGGCACUUUUUUUCUUUCUUCCUAAAUUCUCUGUGGUAGACGUAAUGGAGUGAACUCAAACCCUCAGGUUGCCUGAAAGAAAUCUAUAAAGUCUUAUUACAACCUCCUUCAAAGUAUUGGAUGUAUUUAAAAAAGCGAUCAGCGUUCGUCAAAGGCAGAGGAGCUCGUCGUCUCUAUCACUCUGUUCUGAUUGGCUGCUCACACGAGAGCCGCACUUCCCGGCUUUGUCACGACUCACUGCUCAGUCCGAUUGUCGGGCUGCAACAUAAACGAGGAAGCAGGUGUAUUUUUUUACUAUCGGUUAGCUAACCGCAGAUUUUUUCUUUUCUUUUGCAUUACUUUCUAUUUUUAAUUGACGUUUUUAUCAAGACAAGUGUAAACCUUUCCCCGCCACCGCCCUGAAGUCAAACAUAUCAGCAGGUCAGGGAUUCACAUCCACUUUGUUGUUGUUUCUGACGCUCUGAGUGUUUCUGAUCUGCACAUUAUUAUUUUCUACGACCAGUAAAGUCCCUUAAAUCGCCCAUCAGAAUGAUGCUGUGACUCGGACCAUAACUUUGUUUUUAAAGUUGUUUGUGUCUUUUGUCCUCUCUUAUUUCUACUCUGGCCUCCCCUGAAUUUAUUUUUUUCUCCAGUGACUUUCUCCUCCAUUGUUUUUUUUCUCUCUCUUUUAGCUUGUUUUAAAGUACCAAUUGAAAGCAGAUGAAGACGGGGCUCCCCCUGUAUGUGUCAGUCUCAGUAUGAAAUAUUUCCAAAUAGACAGUUGACACUGUAUUGUAAACUUUUAACAUUCUUUUUAUUUUGUAUGGGUGAAAUAAAGUUCAUAUUUCAAUUAAAAAAA